CAGUGAACUCGAUGAACGUGCAUUGGAGUAAUUUAGAUAAAUUUGGAGUGGCAGCUUCGUAAUUAAUAAUUUACCCUAAUUAAGGACUUUUAACAGUUGAAGCCAGAACUUUGGUUCUGUAAACAGCAGACCAUUUUAACCCUCAAAUACCAGAUCGCGUUUUCAUACCAAAUCGGUCUUGAGUUCGGCCACACAUAAUAAUCCAUUUAUGGAAAAUAACUUUGCAUAAUUAUAUGAUGUUCAAAAUAAACAAAAAUAAAGAUCACACAUAAUCUCCAAAGAGAACUGGAAUAACUGCUCACUGUUUGAAUUCAAGCAACUACUAAGUUUGAUCUUCCACUCAACCCAGUAGCAUUAAUUAUGGCAUCAUUUCCUGGAUGUGGCCUGCUAGUGUAAAACCAUUAUCUUUAAAAUUUUAGGUGGUUCAUCUUAGUUGAUUUUCCUCCUAGUUAAAACAGGACUGUGUGUUUUAUUUCUUAUAUGUAGAUAUAUUGUGUUGUUUUUAAAAUUUUCGUUUAAUAUGAGGUGGCCAUUUAUUAGCAGCACCAGUAUUGCAAUUUUGUGUUAGUGAGAAUUGGUGAGAUUUUUUCAGGAAGCCCGAGUCCAAUUUAACCAUUUCCAGUAUGUAACGAGACCACAGUUACCCCGUCAUUGAUAGUCCAUCCUGAGUAUUACUUCCUGACUGACACGCAAGAAAUAACCAAGUCCUACACUUACAGAUAAUUGUAAUCCUAGUAACAUUAAAGCAUGCAAUAAAAAAAGAUUUGUGGUUAGAUAUCAUUAAGACAUUAUAAAUUAACGUAUAAUGAUUGAUAAUUUGUAUGAUACGAGCUUUAUAGAGGUAAUUUUACGUAAUUACUGACUAUCUACAGAAAAUAAUCGCUUGUAUUAGAUCAAGGACGAAAUUAUUUUUCUGUUUUUUUUUAUAAACGGCGGAAGCGAUAAUAUACCGCCAGAAACUUUCAAGGUAAGAUGCCCUGGACCAUCUCCAGCACGGCGCAAUGUCAAAAUGCCGCAUCUGUUGAUUCUUGGUACCUGUACGGAAUCACGUCGAGAAUUUGGCAAUCAAGGACAUCUUUACAACCUCGCCAUUCAUUUCUUGCAGCUUCUUAGUCAUCUUGGAAAUACCGCAAGAAAUGAUAUGGCGGUUACUUUUGCUAAUUAUCCUUCCAAUUUUUGUGACGACUCAAGAAGCUGAUCUGCUUGUUCGAGUCAAGCAAGGAACACUACGGGGAUCGCUAAGGAAGACCUGGGGUGGAAGAUCGAUCCUAGCUUUCCAAGGCAUUCCAUAUGCAGAACCUCCUAUUGGAGAUCGACGGUUUCAGCCGCCGACCCCGGCAAGAGCUUGGGGAGGUGUUUUGGAUGCCACAGGCCCGCAUGCCUAUUGCCCGCAGAAGGACUUAUUUUACGAUAGCAUUAAUGUGUUUGUGGAAGAAGACUGUUUGUACCUUAACGUGUAUACUCCCACGACUCGCAAGCUUUUACCUGUAAUUGUGUACAUCCACGGUGGAGCUUUCACCAGCGACAGUGGAAAUCCUGAUUUGUACGGACCUGAUAUUCUAUUAGAUAAGGACCUUGUCUUGGUCACAAUUAAUUAUAGAUUAGGGGCUUUGGGCUUUUUAAGUUUGGAAGACAGCGUACUGCCAGGAAAUAACGGAUUGAAGGAUCAAAGUUUAGCGUUGCGAUGGGUGAAAGAUAAUAUCAUUAGGUUUGGAGGAAAUUCCGGCAAAGUAACGAUUUUUGGAAAUUCAGCGGGUGGCGCAAGCGUUUAUUAUCAUAUACUAUCCCCGCUUAGUAAAGGAUUGUUUCAUUACGCCAUCUCCAGUAGCGGAAUAGCCACGAGUUCUUGGGCGAUGGCAAAACGUGGCGAGGCAAAAGCGCAAGCUAUAAAGCUAGCGAAAACCUUUAAUUGUACUACAUCAUCCAGUGCAUUAAUAAUCAAAUGUUUACAGACAGUCGACCAACGUGAUAUAGUUGAAUUAGUUUAUAAAUCAAUGGAGUUCAGCUACGAGAAAAGCAUCCCUUACAGACCAGUUAUUGAACCAAAACUGCAUGGAUCUUUUAUAAGUGACCAUCCCCUUCACAUCAUUAAAUCUGGAAAGUUCAACCAUGUACCCUACAUGAACGGAGUAACGACGGAGGACGGUGCCAUUAAGUCGGCUGCAAUCUAUGAUGAUGACGCCUUAGUUAAUCAGAUGGAUAGCGAAUUUACGGAUUUGGCCCCAGUAAUGUUCUAUUAUGAUGAUCAGAGCUGGAAGGGAGCGGCAUCCCAGAUGAUUAGGGCAUUCUACUUCCAAAAUAGGUCAAUUGAUUCUAACACAAAAUCGCAACUAACAGAUCUUUUUACCGAUGGGUUGUUUUACUACCCACAAAGGGCCGGUAGCGAACUACAUGCAAAAUACUCGACUCGUCCUGUCUACUUUUAUCUUUUCGGGUACAGGGGUAGCAAAAGUGUAUCCAUCUACUUUGGUAACCCGACAUAUGACUACGGGGUUUGUCAUUGCGAUGAUUUGAUUUACUCCCUCAGCAACGAACUUUUUGACGACUACGAAUCAACGCAAACCGAUCUAAACAUGAAUCACGUAGUGACAACGCUACUCUACAACUUCGCCAGCUUUGGCAAUCCUACGCCCGGAAGAAGCGAGCCAGUUGCCGUAAAAUGGGAACCGAUUCAAAAUAAUACAUUUAAAUAUUUGUCGAUUAUGGGACCUACCAAAAUUAAGAUGGAGGAGGCUUUGUACGAAGAACGCUAUCGCUUUUGGAAGAAAUUCGCUAUUUUUCCAGAAAUAGAAAACUUAUAACGUAACGGCAACUUGUGUACUAUUUGAUUGAGCAUAAUUUUGUUUCUUAUUAUAAUAUCACCCACA